AUGAACAACUUAACAGUCGAUAGCAUAAUCGAUUCUUUAACUACAACAUCCUAUCAGUUAAACAUUUGGUUAGGUUUACUUCUUUGGACAACAGGCAACAUUGGAUGCAUUGGUAACAUGCUAGUUUAUGGUUCAGCAAAAUCUCGUCAACAAGCGUAUGCAAUCUAUUUAUUUGCAUCAGCUAUAGCUGAUUUUCAUUAUUUCAAUUUUGUAUUACUAACACGAAUACUUCAAAAAGGUUUUGCAAUUAUACUAACGAAUCGAUAUUUAAUUAUAUGCAAACUGCGACAAUUUAGUACUAUUUGGGGUAAUGUUGUUGGUUUUAGUUUGUUUUCGUUUGCAACUAUUGAUCGACUUUUAUCAACUCAACGUUCAAAUACAUAUCGACUAUGGAGUAAUCGUGUUCAACUAGCUUAUAAAAUCGUCGUUCUCAUUCCUCUCUUUUGGUUCCUAUUGAUAGGUCAUCGACUCAUUCUAUAUCAAAUCGAAAAUGGAAACUGUUCUCCUCGUAGUGGUUUCUAUAGUUACUAUGAUAAUUACUUUCAAGUCGUUUUCUCAUCAUUAUUUCCCGCUGUUAGCAUGUCUAUUCUUGCUUAUUUACUCAUUAAAAAUGUUCGACAUGUUGUUCGCCGACGAGUUGUUCCAUCGGUUACUCUACCCCAACGAAACAUGAUCAACCAAAUAGAUUCACGAUUAACACUCAUGCUUAUAUCCGAAUCAUGCAUUGCAGUGAUAACAUAUGUUCCGUAUGCAGUUCAGUUAACCUAUGCGAAUGUGACGCAAAAUUUAUCUAAGUCACCUUUACGUAUCGCAUGGGAGAAUAUGUUUACUGAAUUGAUUCACUUGUUUUCGUAUAUAUUCUUCGCCACAAGUUUUUAUGUUUCGCUCUUGUCCAACGACACGUUUCGUCAAAAGCUCAGAGAAUCCUUACAUAUCUUUGGAUUUCAUUGUCAUUAUAAUAACGAUCCAACUAGAACUUUUCUUCGUCGAUGGAAUAUAGUCAAGUAA